AUGAUCUCUUUACGAUCUCUACCAGCUCGAGGAGCUCGGAACUCCAUCUCCAAAACCUUCCUCAUAUCCACAUCAACGAAAUCGUUCUCCCUCCUCCGCAACCACAUCCAAAACACCCAGCAAACAGCUCCAUCUAGGAUCUCGAACCCCUCUUCAAUCUACAGAAACAUAUCCGCUCCCCUCACCUCUCAGCGCCACUACUCUGCCAAGUCCUCUGCGGACUCCAUAAUUGAGGAGAUCCAAGAUCAAUACGCUGUCGCGAGGGACGAAUUCGAGAUCAGCACUGAAGAGACGGAGAAGAAGAGCGUGUAUGCACAGGCUGAUCGAGAAGCUGCUAGGGAAGAACUUGAUAAGCUGAAGGGGAUGUAUGAGAAGGCGCUGCAAGGGAGCGACGCGGAGGAGAUCAAGUCCAGGAUCGGGAACCGAAUCAGGGAGUUGGAUCACGCGGUUCAAGCACUAGAGGAGAGUGCGGUGGAGCAUUAG